CAUCAUUAAGACCCAAACGCAACACAAUCAUACAAUUUUUUAUUCACAGUUCUAGUGCUCGGAGGCAAGGAGGCCCCGAGAUUUGCUCUCUCUCUCUCUCUGUCUCUCAAAAAACCAGUAAUGGGCUUCCUCUCGUUCCUCGGAAGGGUCUUCUUCGCCUCGCUCUUCAUCCUCUCCGCUUGGCAAAUGUUCAAUGAUUUUGGUACUGAUGGUGGGCCUGCAGCAAAGGAAUUAGCUCCCAAGUUAGCUGUUCUCCAGAAAUUUCUAACUUCUAAGUUGGGGCAAAGUGCGUUGAAGAUUGAUGUUAGGCAUUUUGUUGCAGCCUCUAUUUUUCUAAAAGGGUUUGGUGGCUUUCUUUUUAUAUUUGGCAGUUCCCUUGGUGCUUACCUACUGCUGUACCACUUGGCAUAUACCACUCCACUUCUGUAUGACUUCUACAACUAUAAUUAUGGCGGACCAGAAUUUUUUUCACUCCUAGAGGAGUUCUUGCAGUGCAUAGCACUUUUUGGUGCAUUGCUCUUUUUCCUUGGGAUGAAGAACUCAAUUCCAAGGAAACAGCUCAAAAAGAAGACCCCCAAAACCAAGACAGUUUAGAUAUAUGGAAGAAACGAUAGUUGAAGGUUGGUUUGUUAGGGUAGCGUUUAAAUUUCGGGAUGCGAAGUGGCUGCCAUGCAGCUUCAGCUUUGCAUUGUAGAGACCUCUUUCUGAAGUUAUUUAGCCCGGGAUUUAUUGCUGUAAUUGUCUUUUGUUUUCCUUCAUUUUUUGACCAGACGAAUUGUUAAUGGUUCUGCCCUUGUUCCAGGGUGAGUUAUUGUUACUUCAGCAGGGAACAUAGAUUUUCAAAUUUAUUUCCUCUUUUUCGCUUUCCCAAA